AGAAGCCGGAUGAAGUAAACGAGAUGAACGCCGACAAACAGGGACUCACCUAUCAUCUUGGUGGGAGGUUCAAUACAGUUUUGUUCCCAGCUUCCUUGAACUGUGAGCAUAGAGGUAGCCAGCUUCUGUGCUCCGAGUCUCCUUCCUCGGGUCUCGAGUCCAGCGCGACAAGAUGGAAGUUGAGUGGGGGGGCUCAACACCUCUUUUCCUUGCCCCCGAGUGGUUGAAGUUUCGGUAUGCCUGAUCUGGAAGUGUAGGUGGUGUUUGGAAUGCUGAUAUCGGCUUG